AUGCGGCGGGGUCGGGGCGCGGGGCUGGCGGCGCUGGCCGCGGUGCUGCUCGUGGCUUCAGGCAGAGCCCAGGUACAGCAGGACCCAUUCCUGGAGACCACGGAGGGCAUCAGCAUCAAUAUCAGCUGCUCUCACCCCAGCAAAGUGAGCGGCGAUUACAUCCACUUCUACCGUCAGCUGCCGGGCCAAAGUCCCGAAUUCCUCGUAUUCACUGCUAGAGGCUCCAAGGAUGUGCCGGGCAUUGGAGGAAAGCUUUUGGUGUCGGAGGACGGGCGUUCGAGCGCGCUGUGGCUCGGGCGGCCCCGGCGCGGGGACGCGGCCGUGUAUUACUGCGCGCUGGGGCCACGGGCAGAGGAGCUUGUCUUUGGGAAUGGAACUCAACUGACCGUGGAGCCAAACAUUCCAAAAUCUUCCAUCCCUCAAGUCAUUGUGAUGAAAUCAAAGAACCUGCAAGAAGAUGCCAGCCCUGGGAAAGCAGCUUGUUUGGCAAGGAACUUCGUCACAAAUAGCAUCAGCUUGGAGAUGCCCUCUAAGGAGGUCGUGUAUGAACAGAGCACCCCCAUUCUGACAUCAGAGGGGUACAAUGCAAUUAAAGUGGUCAAGGUGACAAGAGACACAGUCGUGAACUGCACGGCCAAAUUCGACAACAGCGCAAUAACAAAGCCAGCAGAGGAGGUUGAAGAACCAGUGGCAGGGGCCAGUAAGAGGGUUUGCAACAGCACAGAGCCCUCAGCACCAGAUGCUGAAGGGCAGAGAGUGAACAUGCUGUCCAUGGCUGUGUUGGGUUUGAGAGUCCUGCUGGCAAAGAGCAUCGCCUUCAACACCCUCCUGAGUAUCAAGUUGUUCCUUCUCUGAGUCAUGGGGAAUGAAGGCAAGAGGAGCCCGAGGAAGAGCAGGAAAGAACGUGAACCAGCAGCACAAGGGGCUGGAACAAGCAGGGCCAGAGCAGCUGACAGAGACCACCCAGGACACAAGGCAGCACCUUCCCCUGAAGACAUUGAACACUGGUCACUCCUGCCUGGCCAGCUGAUUUACACUGAAGAGUUUUAAGUGCUUUUGCUGUUUGCUCUCCUCUGAGACCUGACGGGAGUGCAUUUAUCCUCAUCCUCCUGCUAAGCAAUGUCCCCAUUCUCGUGGCAUUUGCACACAAGUGUCCCAGCUGCUUCAAUAGCUUUGAGAACUCCAAUGCUCUCUCUAGGUACGUGGCCUUUCAAAAGCACCUUUCCCAGGCAUGUUGUGGUACUGCCUGUGCAACUGCAGUAGUACUGCUGAGGGAAUUCAAGCCCAGCAGUUGCCAUUUGGAGCUUUGGCUUUUAGAUGGAUUUCAUAAGUGAGUACCGUAGAUGAGAAGAGCUGUGUAGGAUGGGAAGUGAUGUCAUUCAACCCCCUAAUGUUCAUUUCUUUACAAAGCCUGUAUUUCUUCUGCCAGAUGUAUCGUAUGAGCA